CUCGAAUCUUGCCUACUUAUUCACCACGGCCAGACGUAAUUACCUUAUACAAUUUAACAACAAACAUUGUGAGCAAAAGGAAUAAACGCUGGAUGACAUAUGAACAAAUCAUUUUACAGACAGUACAGGGAUGCCCCAGCAAGCUAUCCGAUUGGUCAAAAGUAUGCUGUUUUUCUAUCCAAUAGAAAAACAAAUUGUGUAUCCUUUAUUUGCAUAAACCACGCCCCUCCCGCCCUUAGUGAACCUGUACUACUCUUAUCCAAUCAAAAGUGAGACCUCUUGAUUGUUCAUUUGCGUUGAACGACUAUAAAUAUAUGGGUUCUGAACUCUUCACACUACUAGUUCUAGUUGUGGAGAAGGCGAUUUAACGUUUACUACAGCUCUUCGGAAGAACUAUGCCAGAGCCAUCUAAAUCUGCUCCGGCCCCUAAAAAGGGUUCUAAGAAGACCAUCACUAAGGCGCAGAAGAAAGACGGGAAGAAACGCAAGCGUAGUCGUAAAGAGAGCUACUCCAUCUACGUAUACAAAGUUUUGAAGCAGGUCCACCCAGACACCGGCAUCUCAUCCAAGGCCAUGGGUAUCAUGAACUCGUUCGUCAAUGACAUCUUUGAGCGCAUCGCGGGUGAGGCGUCGCGCUUGGCGCAUUACAACAAGCGCUCCACGAUCACAUCUAGGGAGAUCCAGACGGCUGUGCGCCUACUGCUCCCUGGGGAGCUGGCCAAGCAUGCUGUUUCCGAGGGCACUAAGGCCGUUACCAAGUACACCAGCUCCAAGUGUUUUUUUCUGUGGUGCUGAUAGUUGAAGCAGUUUUGGAGCCAGAGCCCCAAGCGACUUGGAAGGUUUAUCGGCUUUAAAACACAUGAGUUACUGUGUCGCAUUACCCAAAAAAACCUCAUCUUUUCCCCAAGGAUUAAACUUCCAGAUGCUUAUUAAGCUGUUGGAAGUGUUCACUCCUUUCUACAAAGCCUCCUGAAAUUUCUAAUGGUGAUGGGAAUGUCCCUCCUUGGUAAGGAAGCGGUUAGGGGAUUUCAGAGUAGAGA